AUGGAACGGAACAUGGCGCCUAACAUUCAACUCGAGCAAUAUGCGGAAACAAUACCGAAGCACAAUCAAAUACGGCGUUUCAAGGACAUAUCAUACGACGAGUUCGCGACGAGUUGGACGGAGGAGCCUUUCAUCUUGACGGAGUGCAUUCAAAACUGGCCAGUGUGCUCAAAAUGGACGGCAGACUCCUUACUAAAGUCCUUUGCCGAUGUUGAAUUCCGCGCCGAGGCUGUGGACUGGACCUUCUCGCGCUACAGUGACUACAUGUCCAACAACCGAGACGAGAGCCCGCUGUACCUAUUCGAUAAGAACUUUGCCGAAAAGAUGGGUAUUCAAGUCGGAGAAGACCCCGGGGCUUCUUAUUGGAAACCUCCGUGUUUCGGCCCAGACUUGUUCGAAGUCUUGGGCGCGGAGAGGCCGGCGCAUCGAUGGCUUAUUGUUGGGCCGAAGCGAAGCGGCUCUACUUUCCACAAGGACCCCAACGGUACGAGCGCGUGGAAUGCUGUCGUCCAAGGCGCCAAGUACUGGAUCAUGUUUCCUCCGACUGCUCAAGUCCCUGGUGUCUACGUGUCCCAGGACAGCAGCGAGGUCACCAGCCCGUUGAGCAUCGCCGAGUGGCUGCUGACGUUCCACCAGGAAGCGCGGCAGAUGGCGGGGUGCAUCGAGGGCGUCUGCCACGCCGGCGAGAUCCUACAUGUCCCCAGCGGAUGGUGGCAUCUGGUGGUGAACUUGGAGAGCGGAAUUGCGCUGACGCAAAACUUUAUCCCAAAGUCGCCGAACCUGAGGCUCCUGUCGGAGGCACUGGCCUUUUUGAGAGACAAGCCGGACCAAGUAUCGGGCUUCGACUGCGACGUGACCGAGCCUUUUGCUUUGUUCGAGGAGAGACUUCGUGCACAUGAUCCGGAAAUGCUGGAAAAGGCUUUGGAGUUGGCGGAUAGAGCGGGGGGGAGGAAGCGGAAGUGGGAUGCUGUGGUCGAGGCAGGUGAGGAGCAAUCUGGUGGUAGCGGUGGGUUCAGCUUUGGGUUUGGGGGUGAUGAAGAGGGAAUUGCAUAG